AUGGAAAUGCAAACUAGCCCAGCACCACAGGCUCCAUUGAGUCUUGGGAAGACAAUACUUAAUCUUAGUUUCCAGGCAGCUUUGACCUUAGCUACACAAAACUCAUUGUCUUCGGGGCAAGCUCAGGAGCAGCCUCCUCUGCUUCCCCUGAAGAUCGCUAACGUAUCCUUCGUUAUUGCUUUUGCAGCUUCUUUUACUGGGAUAUUUCUGCAGCAUGCCAGUCCAAGGGCUGCAAAGAUUGUUGAGAUAAUUGGAUCCUUUGUAACAGCAAUGGGGUUCUUUGUGAUGACCAGUCUGUUCCUCUCAGGGAACGGUUGUGACAUGAUAACUCUGCCUGUAUUGUGCCUCAAGUCCGAUCUUUUACACAGCCAGUCCCAAGCCCGGAUGAAAGAGGAGGGUCAUGUCACACAAAUACCAUUGGAGCUGAAUUACAGAUCAGAAUUCGGAUCGAGCUCACUUCUAAAUGCCAUGCGAGUUUACGCAUUUGCAUUGCCCAUCAACACAUUCGAUAUUUCCAGAAGGACACUUAAUUCCUAUGCAGUUGUUCCUACUGGAACAUUGGCUAUUUUGAUCUUGCAGGCCACGCGAGUUUACGCAUUUGCAUUGCCCAUCAACACAUUCGAUAUUUCCAGAAGGACACUUAAUUCCUAUGCAGUUGUUCCUACUGGAACAUUGGCUAUUUUGAUCUUGCAGGCCAAGCGAGUUUACGCAUUUGCAUUGCCCAUCAACACAUUCGAUAUUUCCAGAAGGACACUUAAUUCCUAUGCAGUUGUUCCUACUGGAACAUUGGCUAUUUUGAUCUUGGCACGCGAGUUUACGCAUUUGCAUUUCCCAUCAACACAUUCAAUAGUUCCCGAAGGACACCCAAUUCCUGCGAAGUCAUUCCUACUAGAACAUUGGUUCUUUUGA